UCUCGCCGCAGCCGCCCCUGGUCCAGGCCAUCUUUAGCCGAGAUGUGGAGGAAGUGCGUUCCCUCCUCUCGCAGAAGGAGAACAUCAAUGUGCUGGACCAAGAGAGGCGAACCCCAUUGCAUGCUGCUGCCUACGUAGGCGAUGUCCCCAUUCUCCAGUUGCUACUGAUGUCAGGUGCUAAUGUCAACGCUAAGGACACACUGUGGCUGACCCCUCUUCAUCGUGCUGCUGCCUCCCGAAACGAGAAGGUGCUGGGGCUGCUGCUGGCACAUUCAGCAGAUGUGAAUGCCCGGGACAAGCUGUGGCAGACACCACUGCAUGUGGCUGCUGCCAACAGGGCCACCAAGUGUGCUGAGGCUCUGGCACCCCUGUUGAGCAGCCUCAACGUGGCUGACAGGAGCGGGCGCAGUGCUCUGCACCAUGCGGUGCACAGCGGGCAUCUUGAGACGGUGAACCUGCUCCUCAACAAGGGAGCCAGCCUGAACGUCUGUGACAAAAAGGAGCGGCAGCCUCUGCACUGGGCAGCUUUCCUAGGGCAUUUGGAAGUCCUGAAACUGCUGGUGGCACGGGGAGCAGACCUCGGCUGUAAGGACCGCAAGGGCUAUGGGUUGCUUCAUACAGCCGCCGCCAGCGGCCAGAUUGAAGUGGUGAAGUACCUGCUUCGGAUGGGGGCUGAGAUCGAUGAACCCAACGCUUUUGGAAACACAGCUUUGCACAUCGCCUGCUACCUGGGCCAGGAUGCUGUGGCUAUUGAGCUGGUGAAUGCAGGAGCCAAUGUCAACCAGCCGAACGACAAGGGCUUCACGCCACUGCAUGUGGCUGCAGUCUCCACCAACGGCGCUCUCUGCUUGGAGCUCUUAGUCAAUAACGGAGCUGAUGUCAACUACCAGAGCAAAGAAGGGAAAAGUCCUCUGCACAUGGCUGCAAUCCAUGGCCGUUUCACACGCUCCCAGAUCCUCAUCCAGAAUGGCAGCGAGAUUGAUUGUGCCGACAAAUUCGGGAACACACCACUGCAUGUGGCUGCUCGCUACGGACACGAGCUGCUCAUCAGCACCCUCAUGACCAAUGGCGCGGAUACUGCCCGGCGCGGCAUCCAUGACAUGUUCCCCCUGCACUUAGCUGUUCUCUUUGGAUUCUCUGACUGUUGUCGUAAGCUUCUUUCCUCAGGUCAGCUGUACAGCAUCGUGUCUUCACUCAGCAAUGAGCAUGUGCUUUCUGCUGGGUUUGACAUCAAUACACCUGACAACCUUGGCCGCACCUGUCUUCAUGCUGCUGCUUCUGGAGGGAAUGUUGAAUGUCUUAAUUUGCUGUUGAGCAGUGGAGCGGACUUGAGGAGAAGAGACAAAUUUGGAAGGACCCCACUGCACUAUGCGGCUGCCAAUGGCAGCUACCAGUGUGCGGUGACGCUGGUGACUGCUGGGGCAGGUGUCAACGAGGCCGACUGUAAAGGCUGCUCUCCCCUCCACUAUGCUGCUGCCUCUGACACUUACAGGAGAACGGAGCCCCACACACCUUCCAGCCACGAUGCCGAAGAGGAUGAGCCACUGAAGGAGUCCCGCAGGAAGGAGGCCUUCUUCUGUCUGGAGUUCUUACUGGAUAACGGUGCAGACCCUUCUCUGCGGGACAGGCAGGGCUACACAGCUGUGCACUAUGCAGCCGCCUAUGGCAACAGACAGAACCUCGAACUGCUCUUAGAAAUGUCCUUUAACUGCCUGGAGGAUGUGGAGAGCACCAUUCCAGUCAGUCCUUUGCACUUAGCUGCCUACAACGGUCACUGUGAAGCCCUGAAGACGCUGGCCGAAACGCUGGUGAAUCUGGAUGUAAGGGACCACAAGGGCCGGACUGCACUCUUCCUGGCCACUGAGCGAGGCUCUACUGAGUGUGUGGAGGUGCUUACGGCCCAUGGCGCCUCUGCCCUCAUCAAGGAGCGCAAGCGCAAGUGGACGCCCCUGCACGCUGCUGCUGCCUCUGGCCACACUGACUCCCUGCACUUGCUGAUCGACAGUGGGGAACGCGCCGACAUCACAGAUGUCAUGGAUGCCUAUGGACAAACCCCACUGAUGCUGGCCAUCAUGAAUGGCCACGUGGACUGUGUACAUCUGCUGCUAGAGAAAGGAUCCACAGCUGAUGCUGCUGACCUUCGAGGCCGCACUGCCCUUCACCGUGGGGCAGUGACUGGCUGUGAGGACUGCCUUGCUGCCCUGCUGGACCACGACGCGUUUGUGCUGUGCCGAGACUUUAAGGGCCGCACACCCAUUCACCUGGCCUCAGCCUGUGGUCACACUGCAGUGCUGCGGACCCUGCUGCAGGCUGCCCUUUCCACAGACCCCCUGGACGCCGGGGUGGAUUACAGCGGAUACUCGCCCAUGCACUGGGCCUCCUACACUGGACAUGAAGAUUGUCUGGAGUUGUUACUUGAACACAGCCCGUUUUCAUACCUGGAAGGAAAUCCCUUCACUCCUUUGCACUGUGCAGUAAUUAAUAACCAGGACAGCACCACAGAGAUGCUGCUGGGAGCUCUGGGUGCCAAGAUUGUGAACAGCCGAGAUGCCAAAGGACGGACCCCCCUUCACGCCGCUGCCUUCGCGGACAAUGUCUCUGGGCUCCGGAUGCUGCUGCAGCAUCAGGCCGAGGUGAACGCCACUGACCACACUGGCCGCACUGCGCUCAUGACGGCGGCUGAGAACGGGCAGACUGCUGCUGUGGAAUUUCUGCUGUACCGAGGGAAGGCGGACCUUACUGUGUUGGAUGAGAACAAGAACACGGCCCUCCACUUGGCUUGCAGCAAGGGCCAUGAGAAGUGCGCCCUCAUGAUCCUGGCAGAAACCCAAGACCUUGGCCUUAUCAAUGCUACCAACAGUGCGCUGCAGAUGCCACUCCACAUUGCUGCCCGGAAUGGUCUAGCCUCUGUGGUGCAGGCCCUGCUGAGUCGUGGGGCCACAGUGCUAGCUGUGGAUGAAGAAGGUCACACCCCAGCACUGGCCUGCGCCCCCAACAAAGAUGUGGCAGACUGCCUGGCCUUGAUCCUUUCCACCAUGAAGCCUUUCCCACCCAAGGACGCCGUCAGUCCUUUCAGCUUCAGCCUGCUCAAGAACUGCGGCAUCGCAGCCGCCAAGACGAUGGAUGACCCUGCACCCUCCAGGCCCCCACUCAUGUCCCCCCAACCUGCUUCGAGUCCUCCCACCACAUCCUGGUUUUCUAUGCUGUUUUGGUGCAAGUACAACUGUCGUAGUCCUGGCUUUGGGAUGGGUUCUGUUUAUUAAAAUCCUGUUGCUCCUA